AUGCUUUUGCGCGGUCAUUAUAUCGUGAUUCAAUGGGAGCAGGAUAACCCGGGGAUUUGGCUGCUCCACUGUCACAUCGCGUGGCAUCUAUCAGGCGGUAUGGGAUGGAUGGUAUUGGAACGGCCCGACGAUUUCUUUAAUAAUGAAAACAUCAGCAAUGCCAUGUCACAAACCUGA